ACAAGAUGGCGUAUAGUAGAUAGGCGUUUAUUCUGUGCUCCGUAAAUAUUUGAGUAAAAGUGAUAUUGUUACAUGAAAAUUAGCACAAAUCGCUAUAGUUUAGUGUUUUAAGACUAAUAGAGUGAGUGUACAACUAGAAAAUGGCAAAAAGCGUUAAGGAACUUAAUGAUAAAGUCGACGGUUUAAUGUCCAAGUUUCAAACUGAACUGAAAAGUAUUCGAGAAGAAACAAAUUCUAAAAUAGUGGCAAGUAAUGAUCAUUCUGAAAAUGAUAUUUUACAAGGGAAAAUAGAUGCCCCAGAAGUGAAAUUUCUAGAAAAUAUGGCUGAUAUAAGAAAGGAAAUAUUAGAAUUUCAGAGGCAUAUGCAGGCUGAACUAAAGCAUGUGACGGAUUAUUUAAAUGGCCAUAAAAUAAUAAUUCACGGGAUAGUAGAAGAAAAGCAUGAAAAUGUUAUGGAAGUCAUUAUAAACAUUAUAAAUACAAAAUUCGAGUUAAAUUUAAACAAGAAUGACAUAAGUGAAUGCUAUCGCUUGGGCAAAAAAACUUCACAAAAACAUCAUAGGCCGGUGAUCGUUGCAUUUGUAAAUAAGUGGAAGCGGAAUCAUGUAUAUGUAAAUAAACGCAAAUUAAAGGGCAGUAAAGUUGUAGUGUCUGAAGUGUUAAAUAAAUCUCAACAAGAACUAUUUAAGUGUGUCAAAGAACAUAUUAAUACAAAUAAGCUGCAAAUGUCUUAUUGGACAUCAUUUGGCAAUGUUUAUAUUCAGUGUGGUGAUACAAAAAGACGGAUUUACUCAAAGGACGAUGUAAGCUUGUUAAAUUCAUUAAAUACUUAACUUAUUUUUUGUUGGUGCAUUCUAAAACUAUUACAAUAAUAAUAUACGCUUGUUUUUAUGAACAAUCACUUUAAAUUUAACUUUGGUUAUAUACGGGGAGCAUAGAAAACAAUGUAAAAACUUUUCUUACUUUAUAUUUUUUUAUUCUUUUUACUAAUUGGUAUAUGUGUUUAGUAGAUUAUUCUUUAUUUUAAGUAGAAUAUUUUCUUUUCUUAACUAAUAUUGUUUUGGUAUAUUGGGC